UCUUCGCGCAAUUUCGUGGAGUCGUCCUCUGGUACAUCAGAACCUGGUUUCCGAAGCCUAAAACAGCUGCAAAGAUGCCAAACAUAAAACUUUUUAGCGGCAGCUCUCAUGCUGAUUUAGCCCAGAAGAUAGCUGAUCGACUUGGCAUUGAGCUCAGUAAGGUGGUUACCAAGAAAUUCAGCAACCAAGAGACCUGUGUGGAAAUUGGCGAGAGUGUACGUGGAGAAGAUGUCUAUAUUGUACAAAGUGGAUGUGGGGACAUCAAUGAUAAUUUAAUGGAAAUGUUAAUUAUGAUUAAUGCAUGCAAGAUUGCUUCAGCUGCCCGUGUUACUGCAGUCAUACCUCUAUUUCCAUAUGCAAGACAAGAUAAAAAGGAUAAGAGUCGUGCACCGAUAUCAGCGAAGUUGGUAGCAAAUAUGUUGUCUGUGGCAGGAGCUGAUCAUAUCAUAACCAUGGAUUUACAUGCUUCACAAAUACAGGGUUUCUUUGAUAUUCCAGUGGAUAAUUUGUAUGCUGAACCAGCAGUACUGAAAUGGGUGCGGGAAAACAUCCCAGAAUGGAAGAACAGUUGUAUUGUAUCACCUGAUGCAGGGGGUGCUAAAAGAGUAACAUCAAUAGCAGACAGAUUAAAUGUUGACUUUGCCUUGAUCCAUAAAGAACGAAAAAAAGCUAAUGAAGUAGCUUCAAUGGUCCUAGUUGGUGAUGUUAAAGACAGAGUUGCUAUUUUAGUUGAUGACAUGGCAGACACAUGUGGUACUAUUUGCCAUGCUACAGAGAAAUUACUUGCUGCUGGUGCUUCUAAAGUGUACGCUAUCCUGACACACGGAAUAUUUUCUGGACCUGCCAUAUCACGUAUUAAUAACAGCCAAAUGGAAAAUGUUGUUGUAACAAAUACAAUACCACAGGAUACCAACAUGAAACACUGCAAUAAAAUAAAUACAAUUGACAUUUCCAUGAUCCUCGCCGAAGCAAUCAGAAGAACACACAAUGGCGAAUCGGUGUCGUAUCUCUUCAGUCAUGUGCCUCUAUAAACAAAUCAUUUUAUAGACUUCCCCCAUAAUUUAUCUUGUAUUAAUGUUUGCAUCAUAAGUUUGGGUGUUGUAUUUAUUGUUUGACUAUUGCCUUCACUCUAUUUAUUCAACAUUUGUUUUUAACUGUUCCAAGAUGUGCAUGUGACCUGCAUAGUUCAAGCAUAUUAUUGCCUGGGAUGUGGUAAACAUCUUUAAAACAUUGCAGAAAGGAUAUUGAGAUGGGAAUUGUGGUCUGCAAAAGCUACUAAUCUGUACGUAGUUUGUGUUUCUGAGUACUAAGCCAAUUGUUUUCAUAUCCCAUACUUUCCAUUAUAUUGUCUUGUAAAUUGGCAUCAGUGAUCUGUACAACUUUGAACUAGCAGUUAUUGCACCACCUCCAUAAAACAAUAGCAACUGGUGGCAUGUUGGUCGGUCAACACAAUAGAAAAUUGACAAUAAGUGCAAACUUGAUCUAUUUGUGAAAAUGGAGCUGCCUCUAUUAAUUGGAAAGUGACCAUUCAAGCAAAGUGAUGAUAAAAAGUACUUGUAAAUCCUCCCUCCCCCCAGUCCAUAUUGGUGUACCCCGGUAUACUACAUCAAGUUUGCCAGCAUGUUUCCCUAAAAUGCUGGACAGCCUUUUCUAUCAAAUGUAUCCAUAAUGCACUUUGCAAUGUGGUUUUCUUUUGAUCUUGCUGAAAAUUUGUUUUUGACAUUGAGCUCAUAUUUAAGAUUACUGGAUUAGACAAAUUACAACUGUUAUUUGUAUAGUAGUUGAGAAUACAUGUAGUGCUAGAUGUUGAUUAAGUUAGUGCUUUUAUGCUGAAUACACGUCUUCAUGUUUGUCUUAAUGCCAAAGAAUUUUCUGGUUGACUGUGUUGGUCAGUUUCAAAGGUGUGGUUUGUGUUGAAUUUAUGUAAAGCAAAACUAAACAGAUUUAGACCUGAAAUGUAUUUUUAGCACUAGUUCUAAGGAAGAAAUGAUGCAAGUCUCUUGUCCUUUAACAAUUUUUAAUUUAACAUUUUAUUCAUCUUGGAUUGAAUGAAGAUUUUGUAUGGAAUUAUCUAAUGUAAAUUUCUCGACAAAAUAAUUUGUGAUAAUUGGCUGCUAAAAAUGCUGGUUUGUUUGCCAUCUAUUCAGUAUUGCAUGUACACGCCUGUUCAUUCAAUUUUACCAUUGCAUUUGUUUUGAAAGUCGCUAAAAUAAACUAUUUUUUAAGUUA